AUGGUGGAACCUGCCGGGGAUACCGCGAGUCUGGUGAGUGUUGUUCUCCAGGUUGGCAAGUGGUUUGCUCGUCCGAUUGGGCGCCGAUUUAUGUACUUGUACAACCACAGGAACAACUUAGACAAUCUUGAAAAUGAAGUUCAGAAGCUGAAGGAUGCAGAGGAGGAGAUGAAGAAUAAGGUUGUUGCGGCUGAAAACAAUGUGGAAAAGAUCAAACAGAGUGUUAGGCAAUGGCAGGAGGAAGUGAAUUCCAUCAUUCAUGAAGCAGAGCAGUUGAGUGCAGAGAAAGCAAACGACCAAUGCUUCAAGGGAUUUUGUCCUAAUUUGAUCGCCCGCUACAAACAUGGUAAGAAAGCAUUCGAAAUAAAGGAGGAUAAUAUACCUCCACUCCUGCAGCAACUAAAGGACUUCGAUGAGGUUUCCUAUCCCACUACUCUGGAGGACUUGUGGCUUAAACCUGACAAAAAUUAUGAUCUUUUCAUAUCAAGAGAUUCCACUUUCAAAAAUACACUCAAGGCGUUAAAUGAUGCUAAUGAUAACGUUGGGGUGUACGGGAUGGGUGGCAUCGGAAAAACGACUCUAGUGAAGGAAAUAGGCAGGCAAGCCAAGAAAGAGAAGAUCUUUGAUGUGGUGGUUUAUGUUGAGGUAAGUAAAACUCUAGACAUUGAAAAGAUUCAGAAAGAAAUUGCGCGUAACUUGGGUGUGAAAUUCGGAGAAGAGACUCAAAGAGCGAGUAAGCUGUAUGAACGAUUGAAGAAGAAGAAAGAGGAGAAGAUCCUUAUUAUUUUAGAUAAUCUUUGGGAUGAGUUUGAUUUAAAGAGUGUUGGAAUUCCUGAUGAAGUUGAUGAUAGGGGAUGUAAAUUAUUGCUGACAGCAAGAGAAAGACAGCCAUUGCAGAAGAUGGGUUGUCCUAAUCCUUUACAGAUUGACGGUUUAAAUGGUGAAGAGAGUUGGAAACUGUUUAAGACGACAGCAGGUGAUUUUAUCGAAACACAAGACUUUAAAUCUCCCGCGGAAAACAUAUGUAAGAAAUGUGGAGGUUUGCCUAUUGCUAUAGUUACUGUAGCAAAAGCAUUAAAGAACAAGGGACAUUCAUCUCAGUGGAAAGAAGCCCUUCGACAAUUGAAAAGGUCUUCCUCAAAAAACUUCACAAGAGAUAUGAAAGAAGCAUAUGCAACGAUUGAGUUGAGUUACAAGUACUUAAAAGGUGAGGAACUACAGAAAACUUUUUUGCUCUGUAGUCUAAUGCCACAUCAAGCUUCCAGUUUAGACUUGGUCAAAUAUGUUAUAGGUUUGCAUAUGUUUCAAGCAAUUUAUACAACAGAAGAAGCACAAAAUAAAGUAAUUACAUUGAUCGAUGACCUUCAAGACUCAUGUUUAUUACUUAACGGUCACACUUACGAAUCAUUUUCAAUGCAUGAUUUUGUUCUAGAAGUUGCUUUGUCAAUUGCAAAUAGGGAUGAUCAUGUAUUUUCUGUGAGAAAUGAGAUAAAGUGGGAAUGGCCUGAUGCAGAUAGACUAAAGAUUUGCAAAAAGAUCUUUGUACAUGAUAGUACUAUUGGUGAUCUUAGUAAAGUGGUUUUGGAUUGUCCGUUGCUUGAAUUUCUUCUCAUGGAUACCAAGGUUGGCGACUCUCAUGUAAAAAUUCCUGAUAAUUUUUUCAUAGGCAUGAAGAAACUCAAAGUUCUAGAUUUCACUAGAAUGCAGUUUUCCUCUUUGCCGUUGUCGCUUGGUCUCCUAGUAAACCUUCAAACAUUGUGUUUGGAUUAUAGUGAAUUUGAAUAUGUAGCAAUCAUUGGAGAGCUAAAGGAAUUAAAAAUUCUUAGCUUACAAGGUUCAAGUGUUGAGCAAUUGCCUAAGGAAAUUGGUCAAUUGACUCAAUUAAAAUUGUUAGAUUUAAGCAAUUGUAAGCAGUUGGAAGUUAUCGCACCAAACGUGUUAUCAAACUUGGUUGGAUUGGAAGAGUUGUAUUUGAAUGGAUGUUCUGUUUUAUGGGAGGUUAAAGGACGCGAUGUUCAGAGAAGUAAUGCUAGUCUUGAGGAGUUGAAGCAUCUGCGUCAUCUUACCACUUUAGAAAUAGAUAUUGAAGAUGACAAGAUUGUGCCAGAAGGCUUGUUCACCAAAAAGCUAGAUAGGUACAAAAUAUCAAUAGGAGCUGGGUCGUCUAAGUUUGGUGAUUCGUACAUAUUUUCUGAUUGGAAGUCCAUGAGAAUUAAGAGCUUCAGUUUCGAUAAGCCUAUCACUUCAAUUAGGACGUUGAAAUUAAAGCUAAAUUCUACCAUUUGGUCAGACAAACUGCAAGGUUUCAAGAAUGUUGAGUUCUUAUGCUUAGACCCAUUGGAAGGGAUCAAUAAUGUUGUUUUUGAUUUAGACAAAGAGCGUUUCUCACAAUUGAAACAUCUUCGUGUCCACAAUAAUUCUAACGUUUUGUUUAUUGUUGAUUCGAUAAAGUGCACACCUCAUGAUGCCUUCCCGGCCUUGGAGUCACUGAUUCUUUUCAAUCUGAUUAACUUGGAGAAGAUAUGUUAUGGUCAACCCACAAUAAAUUCUUUCUCCAACUUAAAAAUCAUAGAAGUGGCGCAUUGUGAUAAAUUGAAGAAUAUCUUCUCAUCCUCCAAUUCCAGAAGCCUUCCACAUCUUCAAACGAUCCACGUGGCAGAUUGCGAGAAUAUGAAACAGAUUUUUGUUGCAGAAAGAGAAGAUAAUGUCAACAACAAUGAAGUAAUUGAGAGAGUUGAAUUCUGUCAAUUAUGCUAUCUGACUUUGAAGAAUCUUCCAAGGAUUGCAAGCUUCUACUCAGAAGUAAAGACACCUUCAACAUUGCCAAUGAGACAGAAGGAAUCAACAACGAAUUUACAGUCCAAUGACAAUAAUUUGGAAGAUGAGCUUGAUACUGUCACGCCACUUUUUAACAGAAAGGUUGUUUUCCCCAAUUUGAAGACCUUAGAACUGGAAGCAAUUAAUUCUGAAAUGAUCUGGGACAACCAACUUCCAACAAUGUCUUCUUGCUAUCAAUGUUUGACACGUUUGAUCAUUUGUAAUAUGGAGAAACUAAAUUAUGUAUUUCCAUCUUCUAUGGUCAAAAGUUUUGAGCAGCUCCAGGUUCUUGAGAUAACGAGUUGUAAAGAACUAAAGGAGAUUAUUGGCAAAGAAGAAGGAGCAGAAGCAGCUGCUACAUUUUUAUUUUCAAGGGUAGAAGUCAUACACCUCGACAACUUACCAAAACUUACAACUUUCUACCCUGGAAUACACACUUCAAGUUGGCCCAAGUUAAAGAGGUUGGAGGUUUAUCAUUGUGACAAUUUACACAUAUUCACUUCAGAAUACAAGGUCGUUUUCCCCAAUUUGGAAGAUGUCAGGCUGCAAGCAAUUAAUUCUCAAAUGAUAUGGGAUAGCCAACUUCCAAUAAUGUCAGAUUGCUAUCAAAAUUUGACUUGUUUGGUCAUCAAUAGCAUUGGAAAACUAAAAUAUGUAUUCCCAUCUUCUUUGGUAAAAAACUUUAAGCAACUCCGAUACUUCUAUAUAAGUUCUUGUAAGGAGUUGAAGGAGAUUAUCGCCAAAGAAGGAGCAGAAGCACUUCCUACAUUUAUCUUUCCACGGGUAGAAUCCCUAAUACUAGAAAACUUAGAAGAACUUAGAACUUUCUAUCCCGGAAUGCACAUUUCAGAAUGGCCCAAUUUAAAGAAGUUGGAAGUGUCUAGCUGUGACAAACUACAAAUGUCUACUUUAGAAUACAAGGUUGUUUUACCCAAUUUGGAGGCCUCAGAACUGCAUGGAACCAAUACCGAAAAUAUCUCUCAACUUUUGAAAACAUCUUCUUGCUCCCGAAAGUUGACCCGUUUGGUAUUGGAGAAGUGUGAAAAAAUAAAAUAUGUAUUUUCAUCUUCAAUGAUCAAAAGCUUUGAGCAGUUCCAACACCUUGAGAUAAGCAGUUGUAAGGAAUUAAAGGAGAUUGUUAGCAGAGAAGAAGGAGAAGAAACAAAUGCCAAAUUUGACUUUCCGCAUGUAGCUUUCUUAAAACUUAAUGACUUACCACAACUUACAACUUUUUGCCUUGGGAUACGUGCUAUAGACUGGCCAUGGCCCAAGUUAAAGAAGCUGGAAAUGUCUGAUUGUGACAAAUUUCAAAUGCUAACUUCAGAAAAUAAGAUUAGCCCCAAUUUGGAGGAAUUGGAAUUGGUAUUAAGAGCAGACAACAUGAUGACAUGGCAGUGUUUACUUCCAAAAAACUUCUCUUGCAAAUGUACUGUUGAGAUCAAAGGUGAUAAAUCAACAAAUAUUCCACUUGUCAUCCUUCAGAGAUCUUUUGAUUUAGAAAAACUCGUACUACGUUCUAGUUCAUACAAAGAAAUAUUCUCAUAUGGAUUGCACGAUAGACAUACAGGGACAUUGCUGCAGAUCAAAAGUUUAGAGUUGGAUGAUCUUUCUAAUCUAAAUAACAUAUGGAGUAAAGACUCCAAAGUGGACUAUGUUAUUCAAAAUCUUGAGGUUCUAGAAGUACACAACUGUGACAAAUUGAGUUUUAUGCUGCCACCCCUGGCAUCUGUUGCAAAUCUAACAGUUUUGAGCAUAGGUGGUUGCUGGGGAUUGAUAAAAUUAUUCACACCCUCAACAGCCCCAAGCAUGGUGCAAUUGAGGGAAGUAAACAUUGUGACAUGCAGUAUGCUAAUAGAAGUGGUAUCAAAUGAGGAAGACGUUGGAGUAGAAGAUGGAAUUGUUUUUAACAAAUUGAAGUUGUUGUCACUUUGGGAUUUAGAAAGUCUCACAUGUUUCUGCUAUGGGAAUUUCACUUUCAAUUUCCCAGCUUUGGAAGAAUUAAUUGUGGAAGGCUGCCCCAACAUGAAGACUUUCUCUAAAGGAGAUACAAGUGCACCAUGUUUACAAAAAGUAAAGAAGUACAAGGAGGACACGGAAGGAUAUUGGAAGAGUGACCUUAAUACAACUAUACAACAACUAUACAAAAAACAGAGUAUUCCAAGUUCUGAAAAGGAUUGGUCAAUAUUCGAGAAAUCUCCGGAUAAGGGCUCUUUUGUGAGGCACUAUUGCGGCUUGUUCCCUGUGUUAGGUUUGAGAAGGUUUGCACUCACAUCUUCUUAUCAAAGCCUAAGAGAUAUGGAAAAUUCCACAGAGAAUGCAAAUUUUAGUUCGGAAAACAAUGAUGUGCCUUCAUCCGCGUAA